UCCUUUUUUAUUUGAUCUGAAUCUUCCCCCUCUUCGAUUCUUCCUUUAUAUAGUAUCAUCGCCUUACUAUACUCCCACCGCCACUUGUUCGUCAACGUAUGAUCCUUCAGGAUGUGCAUCAUGGCUUGCAACCGAUCCAAUGAGAUCCCUAAUCUCUCCAUGGAUGAAGGGACCUACCUCAGCCAACAACUGAAUCUGAGUCCUCAGUCUCGACCCGUUGAUUUCUUCAAGCCUGAUCCCCUCGCUGCCAACUGGACCUACGACAGUGCCAUCGACCUGUUUGCCCUCAACUCUAAUGACAUGGAGUCCGUGCCCUUCGACUUCGCCGACAGCCUGAAUGAUCUCGACUCGAAGGACCUCUUUGUUGAUCCGUUUGCUGGAUCACCGGAGAUCAGCGGGUUCUCCAUGCCGAUGCCCGAAGACAACGCCUCACUAUCAUCAGAACUGGAUAGUGACGAUCAAACAUGGCAAUCCAAUGCCGCACGCCCAUCAACGGACUCCACCGCAUUCGAGACCCAGUCACCAAACCAAACCUGUGACCCGACCUACCAGUCUCAACCCCAGAAGAGCCGCACCUCAUCAAGAUGGUCCUCAAGCCCCAAUAUCAAAGAGGAGGCCGAGUCAUCACAACCAUCCAAGCCCACCCCCACAUCCAGCCGCAAAACCCGCAGCUUCUCCCGAGACUCGAACCGCUCCUCAGGCAGCCAAGAUCCGCAGAUGCGGAACGCCGCCAAGCGUGCCGCACACAAUAUCAUUGAGAAACGCUACCGCACCAACAUGAAUGCCAAAUUCGUCUCCUUGGAGCAGGCCAUCUCACCAGCCGGCGUGCAAAAACACACCCCCAAGGCCGGUGCUGGUUCUCUCAAGAAAUCAGAGAUCCUCUCUAACGCACUUUCCUAUAUCGACAGCAUCCAGCAGGAAAACCAGGCACUGCACAAGGAGCUGGCGAUGCUGAAGCAGAAUAUGCUACCGGGCGGCAUGUGGCGCCACCCCAAGCACCCUCGAGCAUGAUCAUCUGCGCAGUGCACAUCAUGCCACAGCAAUCUGUUGCCGUGUUUCUCAAGUAUUAAUACUUGUUCUCAUGACCGUGACGUGUAUCUUUAGAAGAAUCGGGCAACAAGCUCCCGGUCGGCGUUUUGUUUGCCUUUUUUUCCUUUUUAUUUUCGAUCAGGCUGGGAGGCGUUCCGGAUGUGGUGUCGUGACUGGGCUUCAAUGGUCCUCUCUCAUCUCUAUUGCAUGAUUUUCGGGUCCUGGCGACAAACAAAAGUGUUUUGUGUUCUUGUGAUUCCCCUACACGCACGGGAAUUCAUCUUGGAUAGUGUCUAAAGCAUUAAUAUAAUUGCCAAGACUCGGAUGGUUCAUCCUGCUCAAUCUCUCCACUUUCUCACAUUCUUUUGGUGUAUUGUGCGCAUCCUG